AUGACGGUGCGAGGCCUGCGGCUAUGUUCUUCCAUCGUAGCUUGGUUCUACUUCGGAGGCCUAUUCUACAUCGUAGCUUUGUUAAUCGUCGUAAAUCCGUUUUAUACCGUAGCUUUAGUCUACGUUGAAGCUUUGUCCUACGUCGUUGCUUUGAUCUACGUCCUUGUUUAUUCUGCGUCCUUGUUCUACAUCGUAGCUUUGUUCUUCGUCGUACUUUGGUUCUACGUCGUAGCUCUGUUUAGCUCUGUAGCUUUGUUCUACGUCGUAACUCUGUUUAGCUCUGUAGCUUUGUUCUACGUCGUAGCUCGAUUCUACGUCAUAGCGGUGUUAUGCUUCGUAGCUUUGUUCUACGUCGUAACUCUGUUUUGCUUCGUAGCUUUGUUCUACGUCGUAACUCUGUUUAGCUCUGUAGCUUUGUUCUACGUCGUAGCUCGAUUCUACGUCAUAGCGGUGUUAUGCUUCGUAGCUUUGUUCUACGUCGUAACUCUGUUUAGCUCUGUAGCUUUGUUCUACGUCGUAGCUCGAUUCUACGUCAUAGCGGUGUUAUGCUUCGUAGCUUUGUUCUACGUCGUAACUCUGUUUAGCUCUGUAGCUUUGUUCUACGUCGUAGCUCGAUUCUACGUCAUAGCGGUGUUAUGCUUCGUAGCUUUGUUCUACGUCGUAACUCUGUUAUGCUUCGUAGCUUUGUUCUACGUCGUAACUCUGUUAUGCUUCGUAGCUUUGUUCUCCGUCGUAACUCUGUUUAGCUCUGUAGCUUUGUUCUACGUCGUAGCUCGAUUCUACGUCAUAGCGGUGUUAUGCUUCGUAGCUUUGUUCUACGUCGUAACUCUGUUAUGCUUCGUAGCUUUGUUCUACGUCGUAACUCUGUUAUGCUUCGUAGCUUUGUUCUCCGUCGUAACUCUGUUUAGCUCUGUAGCUUUGUUCUACGUCGUAGCUCGAUUCUACGUCAUAGCGGUGUUAUGCUUCGUAGCUUUGUUCUACGUCGUAACUCUGUUAUGCUUCGUAGCUUUGUUCUACGUCGUAACUCUGUUAUGCUUCGUAGCUUUGUUCUCCGUCGUAACUCUGUUUAGCUCUGUAGCUUUGUUCUACGUCGUAGCUCGAUUCUACGUCAUAGCGGUGUUAUGCUUCGUAGCUUUGUUCUACGUCGUAACUCUGUUAUGCUUCGUAGCUUUGUUCUACGUCGUAACUCUGUUAUGCUUCGUAGCUUUGUUCUCCGUCGUAACUCUGUUUAGCUCUGUAGCUUUGUUCUACGUCGUAGCUCGAUUCUACGUCAUAGCGGUGUUAUGCUUCGUAGCUUUGUUCUCCGUCGUAACUCUGUUUUGCUCCGUAGCUUUGUUCUACGUCGUAACUCUGUUUUGCUCCGUAGCUUUGUUCUACGUCGUAACUCUGUUUAGCUCUGUAGCUUUGUUCUCCGUCGUAACUCUGUUUUGCUUCGUAGCUUUGUUCUACGUCGUAACUCUGUUUUGCUCCGUAGCUUUGUUCUACGUCGUAACUCUGUUUUGCUUCGUAGCUUUGUUCUCCGUCGUAACUCUGUUUUGCUCCGUAGCUUUGUUCUACGUCGUAACUCUGUUUUGCUCCGUAGCUUUGUUCUACGUCGUAACUCUGUUUAGCUCUGUAGCUUUGUUCUACGUCGUAGCUCGAUUCUACGUCAUAGCGGUGUUAUGCUUCGUAGCUUUGUUCUCCGUCGUAACUCUGUUUUGCUCCGUAGCUUUGUUCUACGUCGUAACUCUGUUUUGCUUCGUAGCUUUGUUCUCCGUCGUAACUCUGUUUUGCUUCGUAGCUUUGUUCUACGUCGUAACUCUGUUUUGCUUCGUAGCUUUGUUCUACGUCGUAACUCUGUUUUGCUCCGUAGCUUUGUUCUACGUCGUAACUCUGUUUUGCUUCGUAGCUUUGUUCUACGUCGUAACUCUGUUUUGCUUCGUAGCUUUGUUCUACGUCGUAACUCUGUUUUGCUCCGUAGCUUUGUUCUACGUCGUAACUCUGUUUUGCUUCGUAGCUUUGUUCUCCGUCGUAACUCUGUUUUGCUUCGUAGCUUUGUUCUCCGUCGUAACUCUGUUUUGCUUCGUAGCUUUGUUCUACGUCGUAACUCUGUUUUGCUCCGUAGCUCGAUUCUACGUCAUAGCGGUGUUAUGCUUCGUAGCUUUGUUCUACGUCGUAACUCUGUUUAGCUCUGUAGCUUUGUUCUACGUCGUAGCUCGAUUCUACGUCAUAGCGGUGUUAUGCUUCGUAGCUUUGUUCUACGUCGUAACUCUGUUUAGCUCUGUAGCUUUGUUCUACGUCGUAGCUCGAUUCUACGUCAUAGCGGUGUUAUGCUUCGUAGCUUUGUUCUACGUCGUAACUCUGUUAUGCUUCGUAGCUUUGUUCUACGUCGUAACUCUGUUAUGCUUCGUAGCUUUGUUCUCCGUCGUAACUCUGUUUAGCUCUGUAGCUUUGUUCUACGUCGUAGCUCGAUUCUACGUCAUAGCGGUGUUAUGCUUCGUAGCUUUGUUCUACGUCGUAGCUCGAUUCUACGUCAUAGCGGUGUUAUGCUUCGUAGCUUUGUUCUCCGUCGUAACUCUGUUUUGCUCCGUAGCUUUGUUCUACGUCGUAACUCUGUUUUGCUUCGUAGCUUUGUUCUCCGUCGUAACUCUGUUUUGCUUCGUAGCUUUGUUCUACGUCGUAACUCUGUUUUGCUUCGUAGCUUUGUUCUACGUCGUAACUCUGUUUUGCUCCGUAGCUUUGUUCUACGUCGUAACUCUGUUUUGCUUCGUAGCUUUGUUCUACGUCGUAACUCUGUUUUGCUUCGUAGCUUUGUUCUACGUCGUAACUCUGUUUUGCUCCGUAGCUUUGUUCUACGUCGUAACUCUGUUUUGCUUCGUAGCUUUGUUCUCCGUCGUAACUCUGUUUUGCUUCGUAGCUUUGUUCUCCGUCGUAACUCUGUUUUGCUUCGUAGCUUUGUUCUACGUCGUAACUCUGUUUUGCUCCGUAGCUCGAUUCUACGUCAUAGCGGUGUUAUGCUUCGUAGCUUUGUUCUACGUCGUAACUCUGUUUAGCUCUGUAGCUUUGUUCUACGUCGUAGCUCGAUUCUACGUCAUAGCGGUGUUAUGCUUCGUAGCUUUGUUCUACGUCGUAACUCUGUUUAGCUCUGUAGCUUUGUUCUACGUCGUAGCUCGAUUCUACGUCAUAGCGGUGUUAUGCUUCGUAGCUUUGUUCUACGUCGUAACUCUGUUAUGCUUCGUAGCUUUGUUCUACGUCGUAACUCUGUUAUGCUUCGUAGCUUUGUUCUCCGUCGUAACUCUGUUUAGCUCUGUAGCUUUGUUCUACGUCGUAGCUCGAUUCUACGUCAUAGCGGUGUUAUGCUUCGUAGCUUUGUUCUACGUCGUAACUCUGUUAUGCUUCGUAGCUUUGUUCUCCGUCGUAACUCUGUUUAGCUCUGUAGCUUUGUUCUACGUCGUAGCUCGAUUCUACGUCAUAGCGGUGUUAUGCUUCGUAGCUUUGUUCUCCGUCGUAACUCUGUUUUGCUCCGUAGCUUUGUUCUACGUCGUAACUCUGUUUUGCUCCGUAGCUUUGUUCUACGUCGUAACUCUGUUUAGCUCUGUAGCUUUGUUCUCCGUCGUAACUCUGUUUUGCUUCGUAGCUUUGUUCUCCGUCGUAACUCUGUUUUGCUCCGUAGCUUUGUUCUACGUCGUAACUCUGUUUUGCUCCGUAGCUUUGUUCUACGUCGUAACUCUGUUUAGCUCUGUAGCUUUGUUCUACGUCGUAGCUCGAUUCUACGUCAUAGCGGUGUUAUGCUUCGUAGCUUUGUUCUCCGUCGUAACUCUGUUUUGCUCCGUAGCUUUGUUCUACGUCGUAACUCUGUUUUGCUUCGUAGCUUUGUUCUCCGUCGUAACUCUGUUUUGCUUCGUAGCUUUGUUCUACGUCGUAACUCUGUUUUGCUUCGUAGCUUUGUUCUACGUCGUAACUCUGUUUUGCUCCGUAGCUUUGUUCUACGUCGUAACUCUGUUUUGCUUCGUAGCUUUGUUCUCCGUCGUAACUCUGUUUUGCUUCGUAGCUUUGUUCUCCGUCGUAACUCUGUUUUGCUUCGUAGCUUUGUUCUACGUCGUAACUCUGUUUUGCUCCGUAGCUCGAUUCUACGUCAUAGCGGUGUUAUGCUUCGUAGCUUUGUUCUCCGUCGUAACUCUGUUUUGCUUCGUAGCUUUGUUCUCCGUCGUAACUCUGUUUUGCUCCGUAGCUUUGUUCUACGUCGUAACUCUGUUUUGCUUCGUAGCUUUGUUCUCCGUCGUAACUCUGUUUUGCUUCGUAGCUUUGUUCUACGUCGUAACUCUGUUUUGCUUCGUAGCUUUGUUCUCCGUCGUAACUCUGUUUUGCUCCGUAGCUUUGUUCUCCGUCGUAACUCUGUUUUGCUCCGUAGCUUUGUUCUACGUCGUAACUCUGUUUAGCUCUGUAGCUUUGUUCUACGUCGUAACUCUGUUUUGCUCUGUAGCUUUGUUCUACGUCGUAACUCUGUUUUGCUUCGUAGCUUUGUUCUCCGUCGUAACUCUGUUUUGCUUCGUAGCUUUGUUCUACAUCGUAACUCUGUUUUGCUCCGUAGCUUUGUUCUACGUCGUAACUCUGUUUUGCUCUGUAGCUUUGUUCUACGUCGUAACUCUGUUUUGCUUCGUAGCUUUGUUCUCCGUCGUAACUCUGUUUUGCUCUGUAGCUUUGUUCUCCGUCGUAACUCUGUUUAGCUCUGUAGCUUUGUUCUACGUCGUAGCUCGAUUCUACGUCAUAGCGGUGUUAUGCUUCGUAGCUUUGUUCUCCGUCGUAACUCUGUUUUGCUCUGUAGCUUUAUUCUCCGUCGUAACUCUGUUUUGCUUCGUAGCUUUGUUCUCCGUCGUAACUCUGUUUAGCUCUGUAGCUUUGAUCUACGUCGUAGCUCGAUUCUACGUCAUAGCGGUGUUAUGCUUCGUAGCUUUGUUCUCCGUCGUAACUCUGUUUUGCUUCGUAGCUUUGUUCUACGUCGUAACUCUGUUUUGCUUCGUAGCUUUGUUCUCCGUCGUAACUCUGUUUAGCUCUGUAGCUUUGAUCUACGUCGUAGCUCGAUUCUACGUCAUAGCGGUGUUAUGCUUCGUAGCUUUGUUCUCCGUCGUAACUCUGUUUUGCUCUGUAGCUUUGUUCUCCGUCGUAACUCUGUUUAGCUCUGUAGCUUUGAUCUACGUCGUAGCUCGAUUCUACGUCAUAGCGGUGUUAUGCUUCGUAGCUUUGUUCUACGUCGUAACUCUGUUUAGCUCUGUAGCUUUGUUCUACGUCGUAACUCUGUUUAGCUCUGUAGCUUUGUUCUACGUCGUAACUCUGUUUUGCUUCGUAGCUUUGUUCAACGUCGUAACUCUGUUUAGCUCUGUAGCUUUGUUCUCCGUCGUAACUCUGUUUAGCUCUGUAGCUUUGUUCUACGUCGUAGCUCGAUUCUACGUCAUAGCGGUGUUAUGCUUCGUAGCUUUGUUCUACGUCGUAACUCUGUUUAGCUCUGUAGCUUUGUUCUACGUCGUAGCUCGAUUCUACGUCAUAGCGGUGUUAUGCUUCGUAGCUUUGUUCUACGUCGUAACUCUGUUUAGCUCUGUAGCUUUGUUCUACGUCGUAGCUCGAUUCUACGUCAUAGCGGUGUUAUGCUUCGUAGCUUUGUUCUCCGUCGUAACUCUGUUUUGCUUCGUAGCUUUGUUCUACGUCGUAACUCUGUUUUGCUUCGUAGCUUUGUUCAACGUCGUAACUCUGUUUAGCUCUGUAGCUUUGUUCUACGUCGUAACUCUGUUUAGCUCUGUAGCUUUGUUCUACGUCGUAGCUCUGUUUAGCUCUGUAGCUUUGUUCUACGUCGUAGCUCGAUUCUACGUCAUAGCGGUGUUAUGCUUCGUAGCUUUGUUCUCCGUCGUAACUCUGUUUAGCUCUGUAGCUUUGUUCUACGUCGUAGCUCGAUUCUACGUCAUAGCGGUGUUAUGCUUCGUAGCUUUGUUCUACGUCGUAACUCUGUUUUGCUUCGUAGCUUUGUUCUACGUCGUAACUCUGUUUUGCUUCGUAGCUUUGUUCUCCGUCGUAACUCUGUUUUGCUUCGUAGCUUUGUUCUACGUCGUAACUCUGUUUUGCUUCGUAGCUUUGUUCUACGUCGUAACUCUGUUUUGCUUCGUAGCUUUGUUCUACGUCGUAACUCUGUUUUGCUCCGUAGCUUUGUUCUACAGCGUAAACUCCAUCGUAGCUUGCCAUAACGUCGCAGGCUAG